ACAAUUUAAAAUUUUUUAUAUUAAUUUAAUUUUUAUUGUAGUAUAGUUUUUUUUUUUUUUUAGCUAAGAAAAUAUUUAGGAUAAUUUUUUUUUUUAUUUGUAAUAAAGAAUGUUUAGAAACUGUAAAAUUAAUGAAUCCGACGCAUCGCGUCCAAAACCAUCCCAUUCCAAAGUAGAGAUUGAUGCCAUUCCAAGCAAAGUCUAUAUUGACCCAUAUGUUUUCCAAGCAAGAAACAUUGGUAGUCAACAACUACAAAAUGACCGUGGUAUGGUCAACAAUGGUAAUACCAUUUAAAAAAGAGAAGAAAAGAUUUUAUUUAAUAAAAAUGUAUUGUUGAUUAGCAAUUAUUAAACAAUCAAAUGUAAAUAUAACAACAACAAUAAUAAUGAUUGUAAUAAUAAUAAUAAUAAUAAUAGUGGUUAUUAUAAUAAUAAUAAUAGAUAAUCAAAAAUAAUAACAUAUUCAAGUAAUUAGAAGAAUAUAAAUAAGCAAUGGAAAAUUAAAGCAACUAAUCAAAUAAAAUGGUUAGGAACAAUUUCAAAUAAAACAUCCUGCAAAAAUACCUUUUAAAUUAAAUAAAAACUUUAACUCUU